AUGGAUAUCUCAGUUGACAACUAUACUUUUGAAGACAAUAACUAUACUCCUGAAGAUAGUGACCUUGAAGACAAUAACGAUAAUAUUGAAAAAAGCGCUGAUGAUCUUGAAAAUAGCAAUGAGGAUCUUGAAGACGGCAAUAGCAAACUUGAAGAUAACAGCAAUGACCUUAAAGACAACGAUUAUCUUGAAGAUAGCGAUGAUCUUGAAGACAACAAUGAUCUUGAAGCCAGCGAUGACCUUGAAGACAAUGAUGAUCUUGAAGCUAGCAAUGACCUUAAUGAUUUAACCAAUAAUGAUAAUCCUUCUACUCAAAAAAUAGUAGAUGGAUCUGAAAACUUUGAACUAUAUAAUGGCAAAUAUG